AUACCUACCUACCCACCUACGUAGAAGAGAUUCAAUAACGCCGAAUGAAAGAGCCGCGGAUUAAACUCGCGCGAUGUAUCUUGCGACGACGUGUAAUGUCGCGCUUUUGAGGCAUGCAUCAAAACACUCUCCGGCCGAUUGCGAGUGUGUUUUCUGAAAAGUGUGGGAGCUUUCACAGAAGCGGAAGAUUUAACGCCGGAGAGAGAGAGAGAGAGAGAGAGAGAGAGAGAAAUUUGUUCGUCAAUGGAACGAGAAAGAUCCGUGACUGAUGCUCGAUCCCAAUUCCGAAGUUCGAUGUUCGACUCCAACCGCGACGUCCACGUAACCCUUUUUCAACCGUCGUUUUUUGCAACAGAUCGAAGUUAGAAAGAAAUCAUCGAACACAAAUUAAAAAGAAAAGAAGAACAUGGACUCGCUGGAGCGUCUAAUGAGUUCCCAUUCGCACCAUCCGGCUCUCACGGCGGCCACGCGAUCGCAGAACGCCUUUGUACAGGCCAACCUCUGCUCCGUGAUAGGUCGCAAGGGACGACAUCUCAACGGCACCUUUUGUUUAACCGGGGACACGAUGGAGGGCAUCAUACAAUGCCUAGUCUUCCUCAAAGCUUUCUCGCUCGUGGGCGGCGAAUUCGACAUGGAACUGAAUUUCGUGAUACAGGACGCGCAGAACAUCAGGCACAUGCUGGAGCUUCUCGAUCAUUGCCCGCCCAAUCUCCAGGCCGAAAUAUGGAGCGUCUUUAUUGCGAUCCUGAGAAAAAGCGUCAGAAACUUGCAAGCGUGUACAGACGUGAGUCUCAUAGAACAUGUUCUGCAUCGAUUGUCUCGUGCAGAGACCGUUGUCGCCGAUUUAUUAAUCGAUAUGCUGGGAGUGCUCGCGAGCUACAGUAUAACGGUGAAAGAAUUAAAACUUUUGUUCGGCGCUAUGAAAGCCGUUAACGGAAAGUGGCCACGGCAUUCGGCGAAACUGUUAAACGUUCUACGCCAAAUGCCGCAGCGAAAUGGGCCCGAUGUAUUUUUCAGUUUCCCCGGUAGGAAGGGGUCGGCGAUUGUCCUGCCUCCGCUUGCAAAGUGGCCGCACGAGAAUGGAUUUACCUUCACCACAUGGUUUCGCCUAGACCCCAUCAACUCUGUUAAUAUCGAACGAGAAAAACCGUACCUCUACUGCUUUAAAACAAGCAAGGGAGUAGGAUACUCUGCGCACUUCGUAGGAAAUUGCUUAGUCCUGACGUCUAUGAAAAUAAAAGGCAAGGGCUUCCAACAUUGUGUCAAAUAUGAAUUUCAACCACGAAAGUGGUAUAUGAUCGCGGUAGUGUAUAUAUACAAUAGGUGGACGAAGAGUGAAAUCAAAUGUCUGGUCAAUGGUCAGUUAGCGUCGAGUACAGAAAUGACAUGGCACGUUUCAACGAAUGACCCGUUUGACAAGUGUUACAUCGGAGCGACUCCCGAACUGGACGAGGAGCGUGUGUUUUGCGGACAAAUGAGCGCGAUAUACUUGUUCAGCGAAGCGCUGACGACGCAUCAGAUAUGCGCGAUGCACAGACUGGGACCGGGAUAUAAGAGCCAGUUUCGUUUCGACAACGAGUGCUACCUGAAUUUGCCCGACAAUCAUAAAAGGGUGAGUGAGCAGGAUCUCUCUACGAGCAUGGUGGACCAAAGUAUGCAAAUUGUACUUUACGAUGGAAAGCUGUCGAAUGCAAUUGUGUUCAUGUACAAUCCAGUAGCAACAGACUCGCAGCUUUGUCUACAGAGUGCACCGAAAGGCAACGUCUCCUAUUUUGUACAUACACCACACGCUCUCAUGUUGCAGGAUGUCAAGGCAGUCAUAACCCACUCGAUUCACAGCACGUUAAACUCGAUAGGUGGUAUACAAGUACUGUUCCCAUUAUUCUCACAGCUGGAUAUGCCUUACGACUGCAUAGCGCCGAACGACAUUAAGCGCGAUCCCACGUUAUGUUCGAAACUGCUCGGAUUUAUUUGCGACUUGGUAGAGAGCUCUCAGACGGUUCAACAGCAUAUGGUACAAAACAGAGGAUUUCUUGUAAUAAGUUUUAUGUUGCAAAAAGCAAGUCGAGAUCACCUUACGACGGAAGUUCUCGCGUCCUUUUUGGAGCUCACAAAACAUUUAGUGACAUGUCUCAGCGCAAACAGCGACUUACUGUUGAAACAGUUGUUUUAUUUUACAUUCCUAACAUGGCAGCUACUGGAUCACGUCCUUUUUAAUCCCGCUCUGUGGAUAUAUACGCCAGCGCCGGUACAAACGCGGCUUUACUCGUACCUGGCCACAGAGUUUCUUAGCGAUACGCAAAUCUAUUCCAAUGUGAGACGUGUAUCGACAGUUUUGCAAACGGUGCACACGCUCAAGUACUAUUACUGGGUGGCUAAUCCACGAGCAAAAAGCGGAAUUACACCAAAAGGACUCGAUGGACCACGUCCGCAACAAAAAGAUAUCGUCACAAUUCGUUCUUACAUUUUGUUGUUUUUGAAACAAUUGAUAUUGAUCGGCAACGGUGUGAAAGAUGACGAAUUGCAGAGCAUUCUUAAUUAUCUGACAACGAUGCACGAGGAUGAGAACCUGCACGACGUUUUGCAAAUGCUCAUAUCCUUGAUGUCGGAACACCCGUCAUCGAUGGUACCAGCUUUUGACGCGAAACAAGGCGUACGAACGAUUUUCAAGCUUCUGGCGGCCGAAAGCCAGCUGAUACGGUUGCAAGCGUUGAAACUGCUAGGAUUCUUCCUCAGUCGCAGCACCCACAAACGGAAAUACGACGUCAUGAGCCCACAUAAUCUGUACACGUUAUUGGCCGAGAGACUGUUGUUGAACGAGGAAACGCUCUCAUUGCCAACGUACAAUGUUUUAUACGAGAUUAUGACAGAACACAUCAGUCAACAAAUAUUGUACGCUAGACAUCCCGAACCUGAAUCCCACUAUCGGUUAGAAAAUCCAAUGAUCUUGAAAGUGGUCGCGACAUUAAUUCGACAAUCAAAACAGACGGAGCAGCUGUUGGAAGUGAAAAAGCUGUUCCUUUCGGACAUGACGCUGCUCUGCAACAACAAUCGGGAAAAUCGCCGUACCGUUCUGCAAAUGUCCGUAUGGCAGGAGUGGCUUAUAGCCAUGGCUUACAUUCACCCGAAGAAUACGGAAGAGCAAAAAAUAUCCGACAUGGUUUAUUCCUUAUUUCGUAUGCUUCUUCAUCACGCUAUCAAACACGAAUACGGCGGCUGGCGUGUGUGGGUUGACACGCUCGCUAUCGUGCACUCGAAGGUAUCCUACGAGGAAUUCAAACUCCAAUUUGCUCAAAUGUACGAGCAUUACGAGCGACAGAGAUCCGACAAUAUUACAGAUCCCGAGCUAAGACAACAAAGGCCAAUCAGCACGAUUUCUGGAUGGGAUCAACAGCAUUCCGGAAGCAAUGGAUAUAACAGACCAGCGCCGUGGGGCAAUCAACAGAAUCACGAGAUACAACAUAUGGACAGAAAUUACAAGGAGUUUGAUGCGUCCGAAGCGAACGAUCGAUUGGAAGAAUCCUGCAGUUGUGACCUGAAUUCGAUAGACAACACCGAGAGUGACGGUAGUCCGGCGAUCGUCAAGUCGCGUAGCGAGACCUUGGACACUUUGCAAUCGUGCGAGGUCGUGUCGUUGGACUCCAGAUUGAGCGACAAACCGGAAACGCCGACUACCGCUCGUGAAACUCACACGGAGACACCGACCAUUCUCGAAGAGGCGAAUAGCGAAGCAGUCUCGCUGCCGACCACGCAAGAGACUAGCGAAGUGAUAUCGAUCGAGAGUUCCAGCGACUUCUACAGCGAAGUGCACAAAAUCGAAAGCUCUAGCCCGGAUUCGAUGAUAGUUCAGGACACACUGAAAAAAGAUGAGGACGCGGUUUCCGAGAAGCAGCCAAAUGCCGUUAUCAUCGAAUCUCCUGAACAGAUUAAAGAAAGCAGCGCGGAAACGACAGUCAGCGAAUCAAAAGAUGAAAAAGAAGAAACCACGAAAGAUGCCAAUCCCGAUGUUGCAGCUGCUGCAACAAAAGACAAAGUGGAAAAUUCUUCGACCACUGCGGACGAAGAAGAGGAAGAAGUAAAAGAUAAACCUAUCGAAGAGAAUAACGUUGCGACCGAUGACAGCAAUACACCGACCAACACCGAAGAUUCCGACAAGACCACAACAACGGUUGAAAACACAGUUGACUCUGUUGUCGUUCCCAAAGAGAACGACGUCGACACCGAAGAAGACACCGUGCCAAUUGUCCCUACCGACGAAACGCGGGAAGCGUUGACGGUUAAAGUGAUCGAGAAACUCCAACUAGAGAACGACCGCGAAGUGAUCGACAGCGACACAUCGGAAGCGUACUUGACGCCUACCGAAAAUCAGGAAGGCUCGGUCGACAUAAGAAGUAGAACAUCUGAGGGCGAGAAACUCGACGACGACAACAACACCGUUGAGAAGAAGGACGCUUCCGAAGACAAGGACGUUACCGCUGACGAGACUACUGAAACUGGCGAGAACGAAGAAGCAGAGGAAACUGUAAAAAAUCCUAAUUGCUCAACUAGCGUAGUAAAAAGCGGCGAGGCUUGCGAAGCGGAGAAGUCAGUAGAUCUAGAAGACGAGAAGGCGGAACCAGUAGUAGUGAAUAGUGCGUUAAGUAGUGACGAUCGCACAGUGGAUUCUUUAACGGAGGACAAAAGUGCUGUUAUUAAUGAUAACGAAGAUGACGCGAAGGUCGAGAAACACUCAAGGGAGCCGUCCACUAUUUCUACUAGCUUAAGUGAUAAUAAGCCAGACGUUCCGGCGACGACUGGCGAGGUAGAAGUAACAGAUAGCGUGUGUAGUAAUAGUGAUGUUCAAAGUUCUGUAGAUAAUGUGACGCAAGUGCCAAAUCCUAAGCAGCAAAUCCCAACAAUAUCUACGGUCUGUGAUGCAACUAAAAGUUUAUCCGACGGUGUGCCUCAAAUCGUUAGUUCUAAUGUGGUUACCAGAGACAAUGCGUUAGCGAAUGACUUAACUCCGGAUCACAUAGACAACCACCGCAGAUCCAGCCUGCCGAUCGUCUCCACGGAACCGGUCGCGGAUGAUAACAGUCACGAGCCACCCUCCUUGCCUGUACCCUUACGGAAGACAUCGUCACCCCAAAAACGACCAAGGAGUGCCUCUACGUCCACGCAGGUGGAUCCCAAUCAUUUCGAAGCCAAAAGAGCAAAACAAGGAAAUCCUUCCACGCGACCAAUGUUCAGUCCAGGUCCGACACGACCUCCGUUCAGAAUACCAGAAUUCAAGUGGUCUUACAUACAUCAACGGCUAUUGUCGGAUGUUUUGUUUUCGUUAGAAACAGAUAUUCAAGUGUGGAGAAGUCACUCGACGAAAUCUGUAUUAGAUUUCGUGAACAGCAGUGAAAAUGCCAUUUUUGUGGUGAACACUGUCCAUCUAAUUUCGCAAUUAGCUGACAAUCUCAUAAUAGCCUGCGGCGGCUUGUUACCCUUAUUAGCGUCAGCUACCUCGCCAAAUAGCGAACUGGACGUAAUCGAACCAACUCAGGGGAUGCCAAUCGAAGUUGCAGUUUCUUUUUUGCAAAGACUAGUCAACAUGGCCGACGUACUUAUAUUCGCUAGCUCGUUAAACUUUUCAGAACUGGAGGCGGAGAAAAAUAUGUCGAGUGGCGGCAUACUGCGACAAUGCUUGCGAUUGGUCUGUACAUGUGCCGUUAGAAACUGCUUAGAGUGUAAAGAACGUGGCAGAUCAUACAGCAUGUUAGGUCGGCAGAUCGGUACUAGUAAUAAAUCACAGCAUAUACAAUCGCUCAUACGCGGGGCUCAAACAUCGCCUAAGAACAUCGUGGACAAUCUUGCGCAUCAAUUAAGCCCUGUAAAGGAUCCGGAGAAAUUGUUGCAAGAUAUGGACGUCAAUCGUUUAAGAGCUGUGAUAUACAGAGAUGUUGAAGAAACCAAGCAGGCACAGUUUCUGUCCUUAGCUAUAGUUUACUUCAUUUCUGUAUUAAUGGUUUCUAAAUAUCGCGAUAUAUUGGAACCACCAAUAUCGCAACGUCCACCUAGUCCAGUACAAACGAUACAGACAAAUGGCGCCGGUCUCAGGCCAGGUAGCCCCUCAGAUGGGAAUGGUGGUGGAGGAGGGCGGCCUCUAUUUCCACAGUGGUCUCACCACGUGUACCCACAGUUCCUCCCGGGAUCUCACCCUAACGCCAAUGCGAAUGUCAAUGCCAAUGCCAACCACCACAUCAACCAGCACCACCACCAGCACCCGCUACCGGCUGCCAGGCACUCUAAUCGCCAGCCACCUUCCAACUAUUAUCUCCCGAAUCAUCAUAACAGUCACUAUAACCAUCACCCGAAUAACCAUAACUAUCAUCGCCAUCAUCACUAUCAUCAUCACAAUAACAACAACCACCAUACGCUUCAAAAGCAUAUCGAUCAGCCCCGAAAUCUCUGUCAUAGAAACUCCGGUGUCGGGCUGCAAGGUAGCGGAGGUAUCAUGAGUCAAUCGGGUUCUCAGGACGACGGUGAAUACGAAGUCAUCAUCGUCGACGAGAACAACUCUUCGAUCUUGGCCGAUCACGACGUCACGUCGUCGGGACCGCCGUCGACCAAGGGAGGUCACACUGGUGUACCUCGGCCGCGGACUAUUCUCGAGGAUUACACCUCAUCAGAACCAACGCUUGGCACUUCUACAAGGUCCGAACCACUGCCACGAAGUCUACAGAGCAACGACUCAAGCGAGGAGACAGUACAUCGCAGCAAUAUCACCGUGGACCCGAGUCCUUCCGAAGUCACCACCGACAACGAAAAUAAGCACAAUUCGUCCGAGGAAGCCUGGACAGACGUUAAUCUCAACGAGGAUGGCGACACGAUGCCGAUUACGAAUCCCAGAGAGGAUCCGCGAAAUAUUCACAAUAUCGCUCAUUCGCGUGGCGACAUUCAGGACAGCGAGGGCAACGUUCUCGAGCAAGAGAUGCUCGGCAACGCGGAACGGGGGGAAAAGCCGUCGGCGGAGAUCUCGGUGGUGCGAGUUCCCGAUCGACUGGUGGUAACCGCGGCGUCACCUAGGGCCGACGAGUUGCCGAUCAAAGGUCUGGUCGAUCAUUUACCCGUACCAACACCUUCCCGCGAGGCCUCGCUCACGCAAAAGUUGGAAAUGGCCUUGGGUUCGGUUUGUCCCCUCCUUCGGGAGAUCAUGGUGGACUUUGCCCCCUUCCUGUCCAAAACACUCGUUGGCUCCCAUGGUCAAGAAUUGUUAAUGGAAGGAAAAGGUACGAGUUGCAAGGGUUUGACCACGUUCAAGAACAGCAACUCCGUCGUGGAACUGGUGAUGCUCCUCUGCUCGCAGGAAUGGCAAAACUCUCUGCAGAAACACGCGGGUCUCGCUUUCAUCGAGCUCAUUAACGAGGGAAGGUUGCUAUCUCACGCGAUGAAGGAUCACAUAGUAAGAGUCGCAAACGAGGCAGAGUUCAUUUUAAACAGGAUGAGAGCGGAUGACGUGCUGAAGCACGCUGACUUUGAGUCACAAUGCGCGCAAACGUUACUGGACCGUCGAGAGGAAGAACGCAUGUGCGAUCACCUGAUCACCGCGGCACGAAGACGCGAUAACGUGAUCGCCAGCAGAUUGCUGGAAAAAGUCCGAAAUAUUCUGUCCAAUAAGCACGGUGCAUGGGGAUACAUGGAUCCAAUGGCUGCAAAAUCGACCGAGUACUGGAAGUUGGAUGCUUGGGAGGAUGAUGCACGCAGACGCAAGCGUUUCGUGCACAAUCCACUAGGCUCGAGCCACCCGGAGGCUACUCUCAAGGCGGCUCUAGAACACGGUGCACCCGAGGAUGCGAUACUUCAGGCGCGUGAAGAGUUUCACGCGCAUCUCGCAGCCUCGCGUGCACACCAACAGCAAUUGCAGUCGGCGGAUCUCUUGGAUGACAGUGAAUUGCUCGCGGACGACAGGGAUCUCGACAACGACCUGACAGGUCCAGUAAACAUCAGCACGAAGGGCAGAUUGAUCGCACCUGGUAUCGUGGCGCCCGGCAUCAUUUCCGUUACAUCCACAGAAUUGUAUUUCGAGGUGGACGAGGAGGAUCCGGAGUUCAAGAAAAUCGACAGUGAGGUGCUGAAAUACUGCGACCAUUUGCACGGAAAAUGGUACUUCUCCGAAGUCCGCGCGAUCUUCUCGCGCCGUUACCUGCUGCAGAAUGUGGCCAUCGAGAUCUUCCUCGCGAGUCGAACCUCGAUCCUCUUCGCGUUCUCGGACCAGGCGACGGUGAAAAAGAUGAUCAAGGCGCUACCGCGAGUCGGCGUUGGCAUCAAAUACGGGAUACCGCAGACUAGACGAGCGUCGUUAAUGUCGCCGCGACAACUGAUGAGAAGCUCAAAUAUGACGCAAAAGUGGCAGCGUCGAGAAAUAUCCAACUUCGAAUACUUAAUGUUCUUGAACACAAUUGCCGGUCGUACGUACAAUGAUUUGAAUCAGUAUCCCGUAUUUCCUUGGGUGUUAACGAACUACGAAACGAAGGAACUCGAUCUCAGUUUGCCGAGCAAUUACAGAGAUUUAUCGAAGCCGAUCGGCGCGUUGAAUCCAAACAGAAGAGCUUACUUCGAGGAGCGCUUUCAGAGCUGGGAACACGACACUAUACCGCCUUUCCAUUACGGCACGCAUUAUUCCACCGCUGCCUUUGUUUUAAAUUGGAUGAUACGCGUGGAACCGAUGACGACUAUGUUCCUGGCGUUGCAAGGCGGUAAAUUCGAUCAUCCCAACAGACUUUUUUCGUCGAUUGCGCUUUCGUGGAAGAAUUGCCAACGCGAUACAUCCGACGUCAAGGAAUUAAUUCCGGAAUUCUUCUUUCUGCCGGAAAUGCUGGUAAACAGCAAUCGUUAUCGUUUGGGCAGGCAGGAGGACGGUAACCCGGUCGGUGACGUUGAAUUGCCACCUUGGGCUUCGUCUCCCGAAGAAUUCAUUCGUAUCAAUCGAAUGGCACUUGAAUCCGAAUUCGUGUCUUGUCAAUUACAUCAAUGGAUCGAUCUGAUUUUCGGCUACAAGCAGAAAGGUCCGGAAGCCGUACGCGCAACCAACGUUUUCUACUAUUUAACUUACGAGGGUAGCGUCGAGCUGGACACGAUCACCGAUUCUAUGAUGAGAGAAGCUAUAGAGAAUCAAAUUAAAAAUUUCGGGCAGACGCCGUCGCAGCUCUUGAUGGAGCCGCAUCCACCAAGAAGCUCAGCGAUGCAUCUGUCACCGAUGAUGUUCUCGAGCAUUCCGGAUGACGUGUGCAUGACCAUCAAAUUCCCGUCUAAUUCGCCGAUCUGUCACAUCUCGGCCAACACUUAUCCUCAACUACCACUGCCAUCGGUUGUGACGGUAACCACCGGACAACAGUUCGCUGUCAAUCGGUGGAAUACCAAUUAUGCGGCUUCUGUGCAAUCACCGAGUUACGCGGAUACACCUCAAGCACAAGCUGCCAAUCAACCAUUGUCCAUGGAUCCUGUUCUUUCUCAAGCAACGAACAGCUCGAAUCCAACGCUACGUCGCCAUCUGGGCGACAACUUCAGUCAGAAGCUCAAAAUUCGCAGCAAUUGCUUCGUCACUACUGUAGAUAGUCGAUACUUGGUGGCCUGCGGCUUUUGGGACAACAGUUUCCGCGUCUUUUCAACCGAGACAGCGAAAAUCGUUCAGAUAAUCUUCGGUCAUUACGGAGUUGUCACGUGCUUGUCGCGCAGCGAGUGCAACAUCACUUCCGACUGUUACAUCGCGUCGGGAAGCGCGGACUGCACCGUUCUUCUCUGGCACUGGAACGCCAGAACGCAGACUAUCGUCGGCGAAGGUGAGGCGCCGGCACCACGGGCCACUCUCACCGGCCACGAACAGCCUGUGACGGCCGUCGUCAUAUCCGCCGAACUGGGUUUAGUUGUCUCGGGAUCGCAUUACGGUCCGGUACUUGUUCACACCACUUUCGGCGAUCUCUUGCGAUCGCUCGAAGCGCCGGACGGAUUUUCGUCUCCAGAAAACAUCGCCAUGUCGCGCGAGGGUGUGAUCGUGGUGAAUUAUGAACGCGGAAACAUAGCGGCGUUCACCAUCAACGGAAAACGCCUUCGUCACGAAUCACACAAUGAUAAUUUACAAUGCCUACUACUGAGCAGAGACGGUGAAUAUCUGAUGACGGGUGGUGAUAAGGGUAUUGUAGAAGUCUGGCGAACUUUCAAUCUCGCUCUACUCUACGCGUUUCCAGCGUGCGAAAGCAGCGUGCGUUCUCUCGCGCUCGCUCAUGAUCAAAAGUUUCUUCUAGCUGGUCUAGCAAACGGGUCCAUCGUAAUAUUCCACAUCGACUUCAACAGAUGGCAUCACGAGUUCCAGCAACGUUACUGAAAUUACGACUUUCUCUUCGCCUAAGAAAAACAAAAAGGCGCACAAUAUAUUAUAAAUCGCGCUUAAACUCUCUUUUCACGUAUAAUACGAUACUUCGGAAAACUUACAUGUACCGGACGGACAAAUGGCGCUACGAUUUCCCGUUCAAUCGUGUAUCCGCGAUUGUAUCACGGCGAAGAAUCGCGUAUUAUUUCGCGACGUUUGUACCGUCGGUCACUAACUUCUCGUCGUAACUAUUUCUAGAUUCGCCGCAGUUUACGAUUACGCAAAAAAAAAAAAAAAAAAGGGUAUUCUAUCGUUUCGAAUUAGGUGCAGUGAGCGGCAAUGAGACGAGCGUGACGUACCUCGAAUGUUUAGCGUUUAGCAAAUUAAAACCCGCUUUCCGCGUGGCUGCGUGUAGUGCUUCCGUAAAGAGAUAUAUGCGGAGCGGAGCGAAUCGGAAGAACGUCAGAUGGUUAAUCCGCCAAGCGAAUGUGUCGCGAGUCACGUCGCACGCUUGUGAAAAAAAAAAAAAACAAAAACAUGAAAAUUACACGCGUGCCGCUCGAAACGCUAGUCAAUUAAUGAAAACUCGAAUACUUACUUACCCUUGCGUGUCCACGUUCGCAACAAUUUGCGAACCGCGAUCGCGCGAUCUCUUCUCACUCGGCGCGCGAAGGAAACAGGAGAGGGUACACUGUCGGGGGAAAUAAAAAAAAAAAAAAAAAGUAAAAUCGCGCCGACGCGGCGAUAAGAAAACCGCGUCGGCGAGACGGGCGGAUGAGCUGAACAUACGUUAUUUUUAUGCCUGAAACUGCACGUGGAUUUGGCCCACGACACUUUAGCAAUUAAUGUCCAGUGUAAAUACGGAUAUAUUCUUCACGUUAUAUAUAUAUAUAUAAAUAUACAUACACACUCAAAUACAUAUAUACACACACAAAAUAUAUACAUAUAUAUAUAUAUAUAUAUACAUAUAUACAUACACGCGCGCGCUUUAUUCUGUAUUAGAGGUGGCGAGAUAAAGACAGGCGUGUGUUUAUCACGAGGGGGUUUGCAAUUCAUUCAUCACAGACGUAUUAAUGUCGCUCACGUCGAACUUUUUGGCUAAGCACCUUGUACGUUCAGUUCGGACUACACGCACGCGAUCGCACCGCGCGUUUAAAAAAGAAUAAAAAAAAAACAACACACUGACACCUGCGCGCUCCGAUGGAUGCUUGGCGAGGAAACAGGAAAUCAUUCGCUAAAUCAUGUCGUUUAUCACUCAUCGGAGAGAGUGCGGUGUUAGUCCGCCCUCCCCCUCCCCCCAGCUACAUUUUCUAUAUCCUGAUAUUCGCGUCCUUCGAAAGAGAUCCUAAUUUUUAUCAAAGCCGUCCAGCUUAACUUUUGCGAGGAUAUUUCUUAGUAUUUUCGCACGCUACGUAUAUUAAUCAGCAAAGCAAGUUAUUUAGGCUAAAAAAAAAAAGAAAAAAAAAAGAGAGAGAACAAAAGUGACAUCCCCCGAAUUCAUCCUUAACAUUCCGCGACUUGUCGAGGAUCGCUUUUGGUGUGUGAAUGCGUGUCAUAUCGGUGAUUUAAUUUCUCUGGGACGAUAACUCGCGCGACGAUGAUGCGAAGUAUCUGAGAGAGAGAGAGAGAAAGAGAGAGAGAGAACGAGAGAAAAGUGUAAAUGUGUGAUAUUGCGAGAAUGAAACGAAGCAAACAUACACCUUAAAAUCCAACAACGAUAGUGAAGAUGAUGCUUGGAGAAGUAUUAAACUCUUACUAACUUGACUUUCCGUUAUUGUAGACACACCGUGUGAUAGCUGUCUUGUAAUAUUACUACGAAGUAUUAUUGUCCGAGUCCUGUUUCGCGCGAGAGAGUGAAUCGCGAAUCACACACAGAGACUCCGCAUAAGACUCCAUAUAAAUAAUAGUCUCUUCAGUUUGUAUGUAUUCUGAUGAAUAUAGUGUAUCGUCGUCAUCUCGGUUAUAAUUUUUGUCUAACGAAAAGUACUUACCUAAGUACUUAUCUCUAAGAUGGGGUCGCGUUUAAUUGUCGCCGCUUAAUAGUCGAUAACAGAUGUAUUUCCAAAGUUGUUAUAACCAGUAGUCAGAAAAAAAAAUCUUCGUGUAUGUGAGAGAGAUGAUAUACGACGGGAAGGAUGCAUGAGCGCGGAUACAAGAAAAAAAAAAAAGCGGGUUGACGAGGCUGAGGGAAGCGAAAGAAGAAGCGUUAAUGCAAUCCGUUCGGAGCGAACGUUUCAUGGAUCGCAGCUGAUCGUCGUGAUGAUUCGAGCCGCGCAAUUAAGUCGUGCAAUUCGUGUAGAUCAAUCAACGUCAUAUGAAUCAACGUCGAUGUCUUUGCAAAUCUAAGUACGUUAUUAUAUAUCGGUUUGCUCUAAGAAUACAAUCUGUGAAAAAGAUUUAAAGAAAACAAUUCUGUAACGUGCGUGGUAUAGUAUGCGAGUAUUUUGUUUGUUUUUUUUUUUUUUUUAUAAUUUCUAAUUUUUUCCGACGUUUGAAGAAUCAAACUUGCUGUGCUCGGCAAUCUAGUUCUUAAUUAACAACAGAAAAAAAUCUUUCUCUGAUGUACCUCAUGCUCUAGUCAAAAAAUGAUCGGCGAAUUACUUGUCGCGAGUCAUCUGCGAUCCUCCGCGUUUUAGAUAUCGAUACAACACUUAAAAAAAAAAAAGAAAAAAAAGAAAAAAAAACUAUGUCGUACUGUUUACGUGUAGAUGUAUAAAAAAAAAAAAAAAAAAAAAUGCAUAGAUGCCGUCGUUUUAGCGAUCAAUCACUUUGGGCUUGCGACAUCAUCACAGUUAGUAAUUUACGGUCGUAAAUAUAUCGAUUCUUGCUGUGCAUCGGACGAUCAGAAGGCGAUAAUUCGCUCGCAAACCGAUCGUCGGUAAUCGUACAAUUUUUAAGCGUAUAGGAGAAUGUUACGUGUGCAACGUGUUAAACAAUGGUGUACCGCCACUCGUUAUGGACAUGCUUCUGCAUAACUGUUCGUAUUGUUUUGUUCGCGCGAAAGAAUGAAGGCGUGAAUGCGCGAGAAAGACGUCGAUUAAAAAAGGAAACGGAAGAGACGACGGAUGAGUCAAACGAUCAAAAAAUUGAUUGAGUUUAGCAAUUUUCACUACUUUUUAAACUACGUAUAUGUCGCGUACUUAUUGCAAACGCGCGUGAGUUUUUAAUCGCCGCGCGCGUUGUAUUUACGUGUAUUUUUGAUGACGAUAAGCGCGCACGUACGUCGACGUUGUAUUUUCGUUACGGUGAGAAAAACAAAAACAAAAAAACAAAAAAAAAUGAAAAGCACACGACAUUCCAUCUGCAUUUCCUGCUGUUCGCUGAUUCACACGAAUUCACGUUUGUGUUUUUGUCCGCUUAGAAUCGAGAAGAAAACGAAGUCGAACUCGAUGUAAAUCGCUCCCAAUUUGUAAACCAUAGAUACGGUGAAAAAAAAAAACAAAAAAAAACUUAGUGGUCAAAUUGCGAGGUACAAUGAAUUUCAAAUAUUCGCGAGGAUACGACGUGUGUGCGAUGAGAGAGAGAGAGAGAGAGCGCGGCAGAAUAUUUUUCGCAUUAUUCCGAUGUGUGUAACGCGAGGGCGCAGCGUAACGGGUGAGAAUGCGAAUGGGGAUGACAGGUCAAGUGUCGCGUAAGAAAGAGUUUUUAUAUUUGUUUAUAGAUGUGUGAGAAUGUGCUGCACUCUUUAAGCAAGUUGUUAGUGAAUUCCCUCCAUAUUGCUAAUAUAUACAUAAAGAGUUAACUCAGAUCGAUUUCUGUCCGUACUUGAGAGCAUUCAGUACACACACAAAAAAAAAAAAAAAAAUAUCGCUACUAUUUUAAAUAACGCUAAGUACAACGCUACAAGAGAGAGUUUUUGCCUAUAUUAUUAUUACGAUUACGAUUUAUUGUCUCUCAUCAUUAUUAUUGAUAUUCUUAUUAUUAUACGAUUGUGGCUACAUUUAACGUACUUAAUAUUAACGACUUAUCUAUACAAGAGCAUAGAUUUGUAUAUUCGUCGGAUAAGGCCCUUAAUGUUUAUGCGCGUGUUAAGCGAUAACUUUACUUAUUUACAUUAUACGAAGAAAGAAACAAAAAAAAAAAAAGAAAAAAAGAAAAAAAAAGAAAUGAAAUUAAGGCCCAAGGUAAUAGGAAAACUAAAGUGUAAAGUUUUAUCCGGUUUGUUCACACACGUACGUCGCGAGCUGCCCGUAGAAGUAUUUACAUCUAGAUUAAAUCGACGCGUUUAUUAAUGUCAAAAAAAAAAAUCACGGGCGAGACGAGGGAGAAGAAGCGACGCUGCAAAACACGCGAUAUAACACUCAAGCGCUUACUUAAUUAGGCUCAUAUACAUUACCCUAUCUUAAAACACCUCGUUUUUAAGUCUCUCAAAGAUAAUUUAAGAGUGACGCGGGAGAGAGAGAGAGUCAACGCGUAAGCUGUAACGAGAGAAAGCUCAACAUGAUUGUAGAUGAACGUGUUUCGAUUUUUUUGCGAAAGAGUGAGAGACAGAAAGCGCAACCAAAAAGAAAACUUGAAAAAGCUUUCGUCGACGUAUGAUCAGUUUUUUACAUCACACACACACAUAUAUAUAUAUAUAUAUACACACACACGUCAAGUCAAUAUAUAUAGACACAUCAGCCAUAAAUAAAAAAAAAAAAAAGUUGGAGCAACCUCGAUCGCGCGGAUCCACGAUGGGCGUUGUCGAAGCUCGUUUGCACCCAGACAAUGUUUUAUAAGCACCGACUCGGUUUUUCUUACCUUCCCCUCCGAACAAAAAAAAAAACAAAAAAACAAAAAAACCAACGCGAAUUUUAAAAAGUCGCGUAUGAACGUUCCAUCCCGCGUCCCGCGAAUCAUGGUUGAGCUCUUUCAAUUUACGGAUCACCGUUAUUACCGCGCGCGGUUGCAUCUCUCGUCGGGAUCGAGCUCGCGAUCGAUUACGGACGAUUUCUAACGGGCGAGCAUUUCGAAUUAGAGACACGCGCGGCGAGACAGACAGAUAGAGAGAGAGAAGUAAGAGAAAGAGUAUUACGUACGCGACGAAUCGAUUGUGUUCGUGAAGAAAAUGCGGUUAGAGGCCUAAUUAUUUUGCUGGCGACGUUACAGCGCGUUCGUAACGGUCCCGACGCUCGAUCGGUGAAUGUAGAAUAGCGC